GGGGAGAGAAAAAGAAAAAGAAAAAGAAAAAGAAAAAAAUAAAAAUAACAAAAACAAAAGGUGGUAGAUGCAUGAGACACAACAAAACUAUACACAGUUUUGUUUUUGGUUUUGUUUUUUCACCACCACCUUCCAUUCAUUAAAAUCCCAAUCUUUCUUUCUCUCUUUGCCUUUGUGGAAUUUUACCAAGUCCUCUGUGACUCUGCAAAUUCCACCAUCACCGCCACCUUGUCUGCCUCCUCAGUUUAAGUGUUAAGCUGCAACCAUCAACAAUGGUGAGCUUAAGAAGGCGCAGGCUCUUGGGACUAUGCUCUGGGAUAAGUGCUUUUCUAACUCCACUUCCUAUGUUUUGUGACAACGCAAAACCUGAUAGCGUGCAUCCCAGGCCUUCAAAAGAUAGAAAUCUGCUAGAUGGGAGUAAUGGUGGAAAAAUAGGACCUCUAUCAUCAACAGCAUAUGGUUCUAGCUUGGCGAAAGAGCAACCUCAAAAAUAUGUUCCAGGGCCACCAAUUAAACGCAGAAAGCGACAUCGCAGGAAGCAUAUUCAUAACCAAGAACCAUGUCUAAUGAGAGGUGUCUAUUUCAAAAAUAUGAAAUGGCAGGCAGCAAUUAAGGUUGACAAGAAACAAAUCCACUUGGGCACUGUUGGUUCACAAGAAGAGGCUGCUCAUUUGUACGAUAGGGCUGCUUUCAUGUGUGGGAGGGAGCCAAAUUUUGAGCUUCCUGAAGAGGAGAAGCAGGAACUGAUGAAGUUCAAGUGGGAUGAAUUCUUGGCGGUGACUCGUCACUCCAUUAACAACAAAAAGCUCAAGAAGUGGCAGUGGUCUGCCUCAGAAAAGAGGUCUGAGACACCUCCAUUACAAGAUGGUGACUGGGAUGACAAGCAAGAAGUAAAUGGUCUGUCAACUUCGGAAGACGGGGAGGAAGACACACGACUCUCUUGAUCCUAAUGGUUCAAGGACAAUGCUUAAGAUUUCCAGUUCUAACAGUUAAGUGCUAGCUGAUAAUCCUCCAUUUUUUAAAGUAUAAAGGCCCAUAUUAGGGCAAAGAUGGUAGAUUUUGUUGUCUUUAACUCUCUAUUAAGCAAAUUCCCAGUAAGUAGUUUCAGAUUAGAAGCAUCUUAGUGGUCAUUUGCCGUUGGUUCAACGUUCAAAUGAACCAGUUCUACGAGAAAUCUAUUAAUUUAUUAAAUGCUGUUCGCUGCUCAGUCGGACGAAUAAUGCUUGAGAAAUAAUUUGAAGAAGAAACGUGAUGUGAAGGUUAAUUUUUAA